UUUUUUUUUUUGUUUCUCGUUAAAAAACAUACGAUUAUGAUUUCAGAAGAUACUUAUGAUUAUUUAUUUAAGAUCGUCAUUAUUGGUGAUUCGGGUGUUGGCAAAUCAAAUUUAUUGUUGAGAUAUACAUCUGAUGAAUUUAUGGAAGACUCAAGAAGUACUAUAGGCGUGGAAUUUGCAACAAAGAGUUUAAAGAUUGAUAAUUCAUUUAUCAAAGCACAAAUUUGGGAUACAAGUGGCCAAGAAAGAUACAAAGCCAUUACAAGCGCAUUUUAUAGAGGUGCAGUAGGCGCACUUUUAGUUUAUGAUAUCACACGCAAAUCAUCUUUUGAUCAUGUCAAUCAAUGGCUGAAAGAAUUACGAGAACAUACAGAAGAUGAUAUUCCUCUUGUGCUUAUUGGAAACAAGCUGGAUUUAGCAGAAACAAAUCGAGCUGUAUUAACAGACGCUGCAAAGAAUUUUGCUACAGAAGCAAAGAUGUUGUUUUUCGAGACCAGUGCGUAUGACGCCACUAAUGUUACACUUGCAUUUGAAACCAUGUUUGAUCAUGUUUAUAAGGAACUAUCCAAGAGCAAAUUACUCAAGAAGAAUUCAUCUGCCAAUUUGGCUGUAAAUGCUUCCAAGACAGUUAAUUUGCAACCUCCUUCAAUAGAGUACAACAAAAGAAGAUCCUCUGAGAACAAAAAGGAAGAAGGUGGUUGUUGUUAGAACAUAUACUACUCAGUUUUUUUUUUCUUUUUUGUAAUAUAAAUCUAUUUAUGUAUCAUAUAAUAAAAAUAAAAGCUCACGAGGACCACUUGAUACGCGUGAGUUGCUGCCUAAAGACAUCUUGGGGCUUAUUAGAUCAAAGGCUACACACAUAUUUAUCAUCAAAAAGAAGUGUAAACUUUUAUCAUUUGGAUAAUAG